UCAUACAAUUGCUGAAAUGCUUUACAAAUUUCUAUUUUUAAAUGUAUUUCCCCAAAUUAGCAACUUGGUAUUCGACAGUACAAAAAUUCAAAAAAUCCUUCAACACGAACGAAAAAUUAUUCGUAUAAAAGUCUCACAAAGGAGAAUCCCAUCUAACUGAAAAAUUUUCGAACUGUACAAAGCUAAAUUAAAAUCAUCAGCCAAAAUUUUAGGUGCUCAGGUAAAUUUUUCGAUUUUUGGCAAUUUUUGGAAACCAAAGUUGGGCCAAAAAUGGAAAAAAAUGUACCUAAAUUUAAUUAAACAGAGUUGGAAAAUUUUUUGAAAAUCGAGAAUUUGGUCCAAAUGGGAAAAAACAAUGUCAUUAAAUUGAUCUGAAAAGCUGAAGUUUAAUACUUACCCUAUUUCCGACUCCCCCCCACGCAUCAUCGAUUAGAAAUGUUUUCGAAUAGUUUCAAACAAAUCUGAAGCAUUGAGAAACAUUUUCAAACCUGCAAUUUCGCCACAAAAUUUUACUCGACCGAAGUUUAAAAACAAAAAUUUACUUUAUACCCCAAUUUCAAGAUUCCAAUUCCAUUUGAGGAGAUUUCAAGCCGAUUUAGAGCCAACAGCUGCAUUUUAAAAAUUCCAGAUUCAUAACAACUUAACAAGUGUAACAUAUUUUUAGCAUGCCAUUUUCAUUGUGGGAAUAUUAGAGUCAAUUUCUCAUCAAAAAUUCAGUGAUGAUGCCCCUUAUCAAAUUCACGUAUACCAGUUACCUACACGUUUUGAUAAUGCAAAUGAGAAACUAGACAGAAUUUUGGCGAUUAAUUUAAUCUGUAGCCGACGUACAAUUUGAAAAAAGUACGUAAUAAAAAAAGAUAAAUUUUCAAACUGACGUGAUAUCAGAGUACGACCACUAUACAUAAAUCCCUCCUCGUGAAGUACACUUUCUCACUCUAACAUAAGUACAUAUAUAAACAGAUAAGAUUAGUUGGGUUUUAUGGAGACGUAUGAAACAGACGUCAAAACGCUGCUCCUCGUGUACACAUGUAAUUGUGAUAGUAUUAAACGUCGAGUGAUACUUACGUAAUAUAAUGUGUAAAUUUAUUCAAAAUUUUUCAUUUAAUUUUAAUCCUCGACGAGAAUUUUCUAAAGAAAAUACACACUAAGAAAAUAGCACCGAAAACGGAAAAUUUAACUCACUGUUUAUCAUCAAGCUAUGGACGUGUUGUGCAAGUCAACCUUCUGGGACUGGAACCAGACUUGGAACACAGAUGAUCCAGAAUUUUCACAAUGUUUCCGUCGAACUGCUUUGGUAUGGCUGCCCUGCGGUUUUCUAUGGAUUUUCUUGCCUUUGGAAAUACACUUUCUCACGAAUAGCAAAACCAGAGACAUACCUUAUAAUUUUUUCAAUGUUAUCAAAUUGGUUAUCAUAAUUAUCGCGAGUUUAUUAAAAGGUAACGAGGCUGUACACAACAUGAUGUCGAGAAAUUCCGAUCCUAUGGUUUAUUUCUACUCUACUAUGUUGGAAUGUUUUACCCUGGUUUUAUUUUUCAGUCUGACGUGGGCGAAUAUCAAGAGAGGGAUCAGAUCAUCCGGAAUUUUAUUCAUUUUUUCAUUUCUAUCGGUAAUUUGUGGGAUGCUGGAAAUGAAAUCCGUAAUCCAAGAAGGUUACAGAUUUUUUAAUUACAGCGAAAACGAUAUGGGCAAUGUUUCUUACACGCUGUAUUUCAUUUGCAUGGUGAUCGUAUUUUUAAUUAAUUGCUUCGCUGAUGAAAAACCACAACGUUCGUCGUGUUUAAGCCACAAGAAAACGUAUCCUUUCACGGAAGCCUCAUUCAUAUCGAGAUUAUUUCUACUCUGGUUCGAUUCUUACAUCUGGAGCAACCAUGAACAAUCAGUGAAGACUUUUUUAUGGGAUUUGGAUUCCAAAGAUUGUGCCAAAGAUAUCCCCAUAAGACAACAUUCGAAAUCAAAGCUGAAGAAAAAUAAAACUGAAUCAACUAAGCUGUCCAUACUGAAAAUACUGCACAAAGAACACGGAUUUAAAUUCUGGUCCGGUACCAUUUUACGAACAAUUUGGGAAACUUUUACUACUGGAUUAUUCCUCAUUUAUUAUUGGCUUCUGUCAAGUUUGGAAGCAAACGAACCCAUCUGGAAAGCAUAUUUUUACACGUCAUUAUUUUUCAUCAAUAUCCUCGUUCAAUCGAUUUUACUAACGAAAUAUUUUGAAAUUGGUAGAAAAAUUGAAUUACGAGUCAAAGGUACCACUAUUUCAUGUUUGUACAAAAAGGCAUUACGUAUUUCGAAUUCAGUCAGAAAGACGUACACCACUAGCACCAUUGUGAAUCUGAUGUCAGCAGAUACAUUUCAGUUACAAAAUGGAGUGGUAUUAGUCCAUUAUUUUCUCACUAUGUGCAUUCAAGUUUUGGUGUCUUAUGUUUUUCUUUGGUAUUUAUUAGGUUAUACGGUCUUUAUUAGUGCCUUGGUUAUGGUGGGAAUUUUCGUAAGCGGCUAUUUCUUAACAAAACGUAUGAAAGCGUUACAAAAAGAAGCCACAAAACAUAAAGACAUUAGAGGCAAAUUCAUGCACGAAAUUUUUUCCGGAAUUAAAGUUUUAAAAAUGUACGCCUGGGAACGUAGCUUCAAAACAGUGGCCAUAAAUUUGAGACAGCAAGAAAAUAAAACUUUCAGAAAAAUAGCAAUUACGAAUACAUUUUUUCAGAAUCUUGCUCGCAACUCGUCUUAUCUCUCAAGUUUGGCAGCCUUUGUUGGUUACGUUCUCGUAACUCAAAGUGCGAUGGGUGCUCAAAUGACGUUUGUAUCGUUCGCCAUAUUCAAUUAUUUCCGGAUACCUUUCAAUAACAUACCGCAGAUGCUUUUGAUGUUGCAACAACUUAGAAUUUCGAUAAGACGUAUGGACGAUUUUUUGAACUCUGAGGAAUUGGACGAUUCAGCCAUUUCACACGACACCACAACGAAUGAGAGACUAAUUAUGCAAAAUGCCUCAUUUUCUUGGGACAGCAAAGAAGGUACAGCUACAUUGAAAAAUAUCAAUAUUAAUGUGGAUGAUAAUUCAUUGGUUGCUGUAAUUGGACCAGUUGGAGCAGGGAAAACGUCGCUAAUUUCUGCGUUUUUAGGAGAAAUGUACAAACUUUCAGGAUAUGUGAACACAAAGGGCACAACAGCAUACGUCCCACAACAAGCAUGGAUUCUAAAUACCACCAUCAAGGAGAACAUAACUCUAGGUGAUAAUAUCGAAGAAGGUUUCUACCAAAGAGCCAUUGAAGCAUGCGCCUUGAAUCAAGAUCUGAAAGCAUUAGCGGACGGCGACUUGACAGAAAUUGGAGAAAAAGGUAUCAAUUUGAGCGGAGGUCAAAAGCAAAGGAUUAGCCUGGCUCGAGCUAUUUGUCAGAAUGCUGAAAUCUACUUUUUCGACGAUCCACUGAGUGCGGUCGAUUCCAACGUUGCUAAUCACAUUUUCCAAAAUGUACUCGGAGAAAAUGGCCUCUUGAAGCAUAAAACAAGAAUUCUCGUAACUCAUAGCACCAAGUUUUUCCCUUUUAUGGACAAAAUAAUCGUGAUGAAAAAUGGAGGUGUUUCUGAAAUGGGCUCGUAUCAAGAAUUACUUGAAAAUGAAGGUGAUUUUAUUGAUUUCGUAAGAACUCACGUCGAAACCGAAGAAUCGUCCGAGGCUGAAGGAGAUACGAACGAAAAGGAGAAUGAAAAUGUACCAGAACAACCGAAGAAAGAUGUUAAGAUAGAUUCCAUUGCGUCGGAAAAUUUUACCAAAUCACCUUCGAAUAAAUUAAUUAAAGACGAAAUAAUACAAGUGAAACGAGUAGAUCGCAGAUUAUAUUGGGAAUACUUCAAAGCAGGAGGUCUUCACUUAGCCUUCACUUCAUUAUUUAUGCUAACCGCGUUCCAAACCAUUUUGGUAAUUUCUAACGUAUACUUAGCGAAAUGGGUAACCAGUGAUGAUGCUUACGAUACAAAAUAUUCCUUCGUAAUGAUAUACACUUUAUAUGGAGUAAUUCAAGUAAUAACUAUGACACUGGCGGCCUACUUUUUUUACAAAACCAAUUUGAAAGCUUGUGCUCAUUUCUACCAUAAUUUACUAAGCAGCAUAUUGCAUUGGCCCAUGGCUUCAUUCGAUUCUACGCCAAUUGGAAGAAUAAUAUCGAGAAUAGGAGACGAUAUAUUUACCCUCGAUAAUUACGUAGCUUUCAAAAUGCUGGGACUUGUCGCUCUCUUUCUAAGAUUCUCGUCAAUAUUCGUGUAUACCAUAUGCAUCAUGCCCAUCAGUAGCUUUAUUAUCGUUCCUAUCAUCGCGACCUAUUUCAUAUUAAGGAAAAAUUACGUCAACCUUUACCAUAAACUGAAACGGAUUGAAGCUAUCAACAAAUCGCCAUUUUACUCCCAUCUGGCAGAAACUGUGGCAGGAAUUCAAACAAUUCGAGCUUUCAAAUUACAAGAAAAAUUCACGUUUCGCUGUUAUGAAAGAGCUGACAUGCAUUCCGCAGCGUAUCAUUCGUCAGUUACUUGCAAAAGAUGGUUUAAUUCUCGAGUCGAGAUGCUGGAAGGUCUCACAUUAUGCUCACUGGCAUCACUGGCACUUUUCCAAAGAGAUACUAUGCCUAUAGGCCAUAUAGCUCUACAAAUUGCACUCACGCUGCAAAUGAUACGAGGAUUCGUUCAAUAUUCCGAUAUUUACGACGACGUUGAAGAUGGUAUAAUAGCUGUGGAAAGAAUCAGUGAAUACCUCGCUUACCCUCAGGAGCCAGACUGGGAUAAAUCACUAGUUCGUGUCUCGGAUGAAUGGCCCGAUAAAGGUGAAAUUACCUUUGACAAUUUCAAAUUAAGGUAUCGUGAAGGUUUGCAGUUAGUUCUCAGAGGAAUUUCACUAACCAUCAAGAGUGGAGAAAAAGUAGGAAUAGUAGGUCGAACAGGGGCUGGCAAAACAUCGAUUAUCCAAGGUCUAUUUAGAAUCGUGGAGCCUGCUGGAGGAGCGAUAUUUAUAGACAAUGUUGAAAUAACAAAAAUAGCAUUGCAUACGUUACGAUCUAAGCUGACAGUCAUUCCUCAGGAUCCUAUAUUAUUCUAUGGCACACUGCGUUUCAAUUUGGAUCCCUUUGAUAAGUACCCAGAUGAAUACUUAUGGGAUAUUUUAGAAAAAUCUCAUCUCAGAAACUUUGUCAAAGAGCUACCUGCAGGUCUUAAUUAUAUGAUUGACGAAGGAGGACAAAAUUUAAGCUUUGGUCAACGACAAUUGAUUUGUUUAGCGAGAGCUUUACUGCGCAAGAGUAAAAUACUGGUUUUAGAUGAAGCCACAGCUUCAGUUGAUGUAAAAACUGAUGAAUUAAUUCAGAAAACAAUUCGCGAAGAAUUUUCUCACUGUACAGUCAUUACAAUCGCUCAUCGACUGAAUACACUUCAAGAUUACGACAAAAUCCUAAUAUUAGAUGGAGGCUUGGUGCUGAAUUUUGAUACGACAGAAAAUUUAUUAAAUUCGUUGAAUUCGCAAUUUCGAAGCAUGAUUCUUGAAUCAGAAUUGAAAUGAUGGUUCGAUUGAAAAGAGAAAAAAUGCUGUGUACAAAUGCUAAAUACCUUCAACACUCAAAAGUCAGAAUACUUAUUGCAAUGAAACGUGCGAUACUACAAAAAAAAAAUUAGAAUUCUGCUGUCAGCAAACAUUUAUUGUCAACUGAACUGUAUCGAUUGAUUGAUUUAUUGACAAUAUUUAUUCUUAUUUCCUACCAUUUUGUGAUUUUUUUUACUUAAGAGGUCUCUAUGUUUUAAUAGAAGAUUUGACGAAUUAAAAAAAUAUUAGUUCAA